GCAGCAGCAGCAGCAGCUAUAGCAGCAGCAGCUCCGCCGCUACCCCGGCCGCCGCUGCUGAGUCGGAAGCCCGUACAGAGCAAAACCCGGCUGUCAGUUAGAGUGGGGAUCGUGAGAGCGCGCGCGCAGAGAGGCUGCUUGGACUCCGGCACCUGGGGCUCCUCGCAGCCGGAGUAGCAGGAGCAGCAGUAGCGGCGGCACCGGGACCAGCAGCAACAGCAGCAGCAGUCCUAGCCGCGCCGGAUCGAACACAGUCAGCUUUUCUACAGCCAGGACCUCCUAGUCCCCCACCUGGCCCCAGGACUCCUGCCCUUCCUUCUUCCCGGGGAGGGGAGGGAAGGUGUCCAGCACCUCUUGUUCCCCUCCAGCUUCCCCAGGGGAGGCAGGUGGUGGCUUGGGGGGGACCAUGGCCGACGUUUUCCCGGCCAAUGACUCUACCACGUCUCAGGACGUGGCCAACCGCUUUGCCCGCAAAGGGGCGCUAAGGCAGAAGAACGUGCACGAAGUCAAGGACCACAAAUUCAUCGCCCGCUUCUUCAAGCAGCCCACCUUCUGCAGCCAUUGCACUGACUUCAUCUGGGGGUUUGGGAAACAAGGUUUCCAGUGCCAAGUUUGCUGUUUUGUUGUUCACAAGAGGUGCCAUGAAUUUGUCACUUUCUCUUGUCCGGGUGCAGAUAAAGGGCCUGACACUGAUGACCCCAGAAGUAAGCACAAGUUUAAAAUCCACACAUAUGGAAGCCCUACUUUUUGUGAUCACUGUGGCUCACUGCUUUAUGGACUUCUACAUCAAGGAAUGAAAUGUGACACCUGUGAUAUGAAUGUUCACAAACAAUGUGUAAUAAAUGUUCCAAGCCUCUGUGGAAUGGACCAUACAGAAAAAAGAGGACGAAUUUAUCUGAAAGCAGAAGUCACAGCUGAAAAACUACAUGUCACAGUACGAGAUGCAAAAAACUUAAUCCCUAUGGAUCCAAAUGGACUUUCAGAUCCCUAUGUGAAGCUGAAACUUAUCCCUGACCCUAAGAAUGAAAGUAAACAAAAAACCAAAACAAUCCGCUCCACACUAAACCCACAGUGGAAUGAGUCAUUCACAUUCAAAUUAAAACCUACAGAUAAAGAUAGACGGUUAUCUGUUGAGAUCUGGGACUGGGAUCGAACAACAAGAAAUGAUUUUAUGGGUUCACUUUCAUUUGGGGUAUCGGAGCUUAUGAAAAUGCCAGCAAGUGGAUGGUAUAAGUUGCUUAAUCAAGAAGAAGGUGAAUACUACAAUGUGCCCAUUCCAGAAGGGGAUGAAGAAGGAAAUAUGGAACUCAGACAGAAGUUUGAAAAAGCCAAGCUUGGCCCUGCUGGUAACAAGGUGAUCAGUCCAUCAGAUGACAGAAAAUCCAAUGUACCAUCCAACAAUCUUGACAGAGUGAAACUUACAGACUUUAAUUUUCUCAUGGUCCUGGGGAAGGGUAGUUUUGGAAAGGUGAUGUUGGCUGACCGGAAGGGAACAGAAGAACUAUAUGCCAUUAAAAUUUUGAAAAAAGAUGUGGUGAUACAAGAUGAUGAUGUUGAAUGCACAAUGGUAGAGAAGAGAGUAUUAGCACUCCUAGACAAGCCUCCUUUCUUAACACAACUGCACUCCUGCUUCCAGACAGUGGAUCGUCUUUAUUUUGUCAUGGAAUAUGUCAAUGGUGGAGAUCUCAUGUACCACAUUCAGCAAGUAGGAAAAUUUAAGGAGCCACAAGCAGUGUUCUAUGCAGCAGAGAUUUCAAUUGGAUUAUUUUUCCUUCAUAAACAAGGGAUCAUUUAUAGAGAUUUGAAAUUAGACAAUGUCAUGUUGGAUUCAGAAGGACACAUCAAGAUUGCUGAUUUUGGAAUGUGCAAAGAGCAUAUGUUAGAUGGAGUCACAACCAGGACCUUCUGUGGAACUCCAGAUUACAUUGCUCCAGAGAUCAUUGCUUAUCAGCCGUAUGGAAAAUCUGUGGACUGGUGGGCCUAUGGUGUCCUGUUAUAUGAAAUGUUAGCUGGACAGCCUCCAUUUGAUGGUGAAGAUGAGGAUGAACUCUUCCAGUCCAUAAUGGAACACAAUGUUUCCUAUCCAAAAUCAUUGUCCAAAGAGGCUGUUUCCAUCUGCAAAGGACUAAUGACAAAGCACCCUGCAAAACGCCUGGGCUGUGGGUCUGAGGGAGAAAGGGACAUCAGAGAACAUGCAUUUUUCAGAAGAAUUGACUGGGAGAAACUGGAGAACAGAGAGAUCCAACCACCAUUUAAACCUAAAGUGUGUGGCAAAGGAGCAGAAAACUUUGACAAAUUCUUUACCCGAGGACAGCCAGUGUUAACACCACCUGAUCAACUGGUCAUUGCUAACAUAGACCAAGCCGAUUUUGAAGGGUUCUCUUAUGUCAACCCACAGUUUGUGCACCCCAUCUUACAGAGUGCGGUAUGAAAUUGACCAACAGGAACAAAAAAAACAAUUCCCUGGUCCCACCCACAGUGUUCCUUAAUUCCUAACAUUUUAAGGUCUCAGUUUUGUUGCUUAUUCCAGUUGGAGACCUGAAAAUUAUAGGGUUAGAAGUCUAAAUGUGAUCAACCAUUCAGGAUCUCACUUUCAACCAAGAAACAUUGUCUUAGUGAAAGUUGAUAUAGUACUGAGUUUAGCCUUUUAGGAGCUGGUUGUCUGUCACUCUUACAAAGAAAUCAAAUUCUUAACCCAUUUUGGUACGUUUUGAUAUAUUUUCUUUAACUUUCACCUGUCAAUUUUCAUCAGUAGAAUUCCUCAUUAUAGAGUUCAGGUUAGAAUCCUCUCAUUAUCUGAUAGGCUGAGGAAUUGAACAGUCUUUGGAAUGGAAGCAUGGAAAGCACCUAAAGUAAGCACUGUGUUAGGGAAGGGGGUGUCUCAGUGAACCAGGUAUUACCAUGGUCUUUACUAGUUAAUUUUUAAAAAUUGCUAGAAAAGACCAAGGAAGAACUGGAGCAUGCAGAUGAUGACACAGUUGCAAGCUAAACAUUCCCAAACAUAGGCUGUUCAUAACCUAAUCACAGCCUAUCAGUUCUCAGUUUUUAAAAGACCAAAAAGAAAGAAAAGAAAAAUCAGGCAAAUAUGUCAUGAAUCCAUCAUAUCAUGUCUGGCUGGUUUGAUAACUAGUGUUAAAUUGCAUUUCUAUUAAGAGGCCAAAUAUUUUAAGGACAAUGCUAAGGUAGCAUAUAAAAUCAUUUCAAAUCAAAAGUAACAAUUCCAUAUUUAUGUUCAUGUUAAUCUCUGAGAGAUUAUUCUGAGAUCCAGGGUGCCAUUGUUAAUUAUGCCACUAUUCAAGAGCAUUGUUAGCCAAUCUCACAAAACACAAUAUUUUGCUACUGACUUUAUUAACUUAGUAAGAAACUGAGCUGUAACCCUUUUCCCCUUUUGUACUUAUUUAUUUGAUAGGUUGCAGUGUUGUUUAUGAAAGUACUAUGUACAAUAACUUAAUGAAGUAUUGAACUAGAGACUCCAUCCCUAAAGUUGGGAAACUUUAUCCUUUUGAGUUUACUUAGAGAAAAAACAAAAAAGACUUCAUUUCCAUUUCCGUUUCCCGUUGAAUGACUCACCUGGAAAUGUAGAAUCAGUUAGCCUGGAUUAAAAUCAGUUCCCCAAACAUUUAAUUUCUAGAAGGAAUUUACUAUGUUUUGCAUCUGCAUCAUGCAAUAAAAUUUGCAUGUUUAUAAUAAAUCUUAAUCUAUACUGUUUAUAUAAUCUUAUGCAGUAUAAAGAGAGUAUUAUAAUAAUUUUAUAAGGCACACUUUGUGUUAUAUUUGUGAAGGUUCUCAUUUCCUAGCAACUUCCCCCUUGUUUAGAUUCUAGUUUCAUGUUCUGCUGCCAUGAUUCUUUUUUCCCUUGAAGCAUCUCCUAUUGACUGUCACUGGUAUCAAGUAUAUUCACUUUUUAACAUAGAUCAACUAUCCAAAAUGAAUGACUAUUUUUCAUGAUUUAGUUCAGCUUGUGUUAUAUCUAUCUGCUCCUACUUAUAAAAUGCAUACACAUACAUAAAACAACAGAUUUUAUUUUUGAGAUGACA